UUAGUACUGCCUCAAAAAGAAACGAAGUUUGGAACUUUGAUACUUACACGUUGCAUUGUCUUACCUUUUCUUUUUGUAGGAUAUGCUGCCCGAGUAUAUCCAUAUGCGUGCUGCAGAAUCAAUUUUAUUUUCUGGAAAGGCUAUCAGGGUGCUUCGCAAUCCGAGUCAUGCCUUUCGGCUCCAGGACAUUGUAUAUCCUCAACAGGUCCCUAGAGGCUCUCUGAAAGUUCAAGUAUUUUCAGGAAAAUCUCCUUUCCUCAAAGACCCUUUUGCGGAUAAAGAAUUGAUUGGAGAAGAAUUGCUUCCACAGUAUGAGGCUGGAAUCAUCUGAGUUUCACAAAAGAUCUUUUGAAUGUGCUGUCGAUUCAAUUAGGGCUGUUGCUGCCAGUCGUCUUUGGCAGGUGCUGAAUGUGAACAAUUUGGUCCCGCCAUGUUCUAUAACAAAAAAUUUAAUGUGUUCCUUCAAUUUCUGCAGCUUGUGGUUGUACACGCUGACUUAAAUGGCCAUCUGAAGGCACUAAAAGACUAUUUUCUUUUAGCAAAAGGAGAUUUCUUUCAGGUAAAGAUGGAAUAUAUCUAAAGACUGCUGACUUCUAUGUUUUAGGUACAGACAGUCCAAAUUUUGUUUUGGCAGGGGUGAUGGUGUAUUCCUUCCCUGAACGUAUAAAUGAAACUGGAAAUUGCUAUUUCUCUUAGUUCUUAUGAACACCUAUAGUGUAUCCUAAUUAGACAUGAUUUAUUAUGGUAGUGCUUUCUUGAAGAGAGUCGCCAGUUGAUGCGCCUACCUCCUCGCCAGUCAACUGCAGAGGCUGACCUUAUGGUCCCAUUUGAGCUGGCUGCAAUUAAGACUAUAGGUGAGUAAGACAGGUAUUUCUCAAGAGUAUCCUUAAGGUUAGAGUCUGUAUUUGAUUGUUCCUAACUUCCUAGUGUCUAAAUUGUAUAAAUUUCGACCAUAUAGCCAUUUUGUUACCGGUCAUUUGACUAUGAGGUUUCAUAAAAAGUGUUUAUUCAGUUAUCUGUCUGUAUCUGCUAGGAUGCCUUCAUUUGGAAUGACAGUAAAAUCCUCCAAAGGAGAUUUACAAAAGGCAGAUGGGAAAUCUGGCCCAAGUGCUUCCUCAGAAGUAUCUCUUGACUGUUGGGAUGGAAUUGCUCUUGAAUACUCUGUUGAUUGGCCCUUACAGUUGUUCUUUACUCCAGAGGUGCUCUCUAAGGUCUUCCAGUAUCUACUGCGGCUCAAUCGUACACAAAUGGAACUGGAGAAAUCGUGGGCCUCUGUGAUGCAACAAGAUCACACAGAUUUUGCCAAGCAUCAGAAUGAUUAUGAAAAGUGUUCAGUAUUUCAGCGGCGAAGGCAGAGAUCUAGACCAAUGUGGCAUAUUAGAGAGCAUAUGGCUUUCUUGAUUAGAAAUCUUCAAUUUUAUAUACAGGUGGAUAUGAUAGAAUCCCAAUGGAACGCUUUGCAAGCUCAUAUCCAAGAUUCUCAUGACUUUACUGGACUUGUGGCGGUCCAUCAGGAGUAUUUAUCAGCUUUAAUUUCACAAUCUUUCUUAGACAUUGGCUCUUUAUCGAGGAUCCUGGACAGCAUAAUGAAACUUUGCCUUCAGUUCUGCUGGAACAUCGAGAACCAAGAAAGCAGUGCAAAUACAUCUGAAUUGGAACACAUUAUCGAGUACGCCAUGUGUGCACUGGAAGAUUCAUCUUUUCCUCUUAAGUUCAAGAGAGAUUUUCACGCGGCAGCUUUCUGAGGUCCGACCAUGCUCGUUGACUUGUGAGUGAGAGACCCAUGCUCGU